AUGCGAAUCUUAUCUAUUUCAAGAAUCACCAAAGCUGGGAGCUUGAAAACUGACAUCCAGGAAACCGGGAUUGUGGAAAAGACUGAGUUGAUAAGAGUUAGAUGCCCUCCAAGUGAUAGGCAUGGUUAUGGCAGCCUGCUAACUUCAGUUCUUGAUGACCAAAAUUACAAGAAAGACAACCAACUUCUCACCUAUAUUGUUCAUGUUCGAAGGCCCAUGCACCAUGAGUUGCUCAGUGAUGAAGAUCUAGAACAUUGGCAUAGAUCUUUCUUGCCAAACACUACUCUUGAUACUGGUGAACAACGCUUGGUUCACUCAUAUCGUCAUGCAAUUAGUGGAUUCGCUGCAAGAAUAACUUUAGAAGAAGUGAAAGCCAUGGAGUCCAUGGAAGGGUUCUUGAUAGCCAGGCCAUCUAAGACACUAAAGCUCGCCACAACCCAUACACCAAAUUUCUUGGGUUUAAACCGUCAAAGUGGUUUAUGGCCUGACUCGUUCAUGGGGUCAGGAGUCAUCAUUGGUGUUAUUGACAGUGGCAUCACUCCCAACCAUGCUUCUUUCAUAUAUGAUGGCACAAUGCCACCUAAACCCCUAAAAUGGAGUGGGACUUGUGGCUUCCAUAACAAAACACUAUGCAACAACAAGCUCAUUGGUGCUUUGGGAUUUAGUGGCACAAGAAGACCUUCACCAAAAGAUGAUAAGAAAGAUGGGCAUGGAACUCAUGUUGCUGGCAUUGCCGCCGGAAAUUUUGUAGAUAACGCUGAUAUUCUUGGGCUUGCCAAGGGCACUGCAUCAGGAAUCGCACCUAAAGCUCAUCUUGCAACAUAUAAGGUUUGCGAUAAAAAAGGCUGUAGUGGUACAGAUGUUGCGGCAGCCAUAGAUGAAGCCAUUAAAAAUGGAGUGGAUAUUAUCAAUCUUUCCCUAGGAGAUUUAAACCAUUCUCCGUUCUAUGAUGAUGAUAUAAUGAUUGCUACAUUCUCAGCUGUUAGAGAGAAAAUAUUUGUUUGUAUGGUUGCAGGAAACACAGGUCCUUAUCCAAGCUCUCUUUGGGAUAAUGGUGCUCCAUGGAUCCUUACUGUUGGAGCUAGUAGCCAUGAUAGGAGAUUUAAAGGCACUGUUAGACUUGGAAACCUUGUGGAAGUUGAAGGAGAAUUUGGCUACCAGCCAAGCACAUUCAAUGCCACUGGUAACAUGAUCUUCCCGGGCUAUCCAGGGCAUAAUGGCACACUGGGAUGCAAGAAUACCUCCUUCAAUAAUGUUGAGGUAAAGGGAAAGAUUGUUUUGUGUUCGAUGGAGGGAGGCUCAUACAAAGACAUGAGCAUUAAUGUCAAAGAUGCCGGAGGGGCAGGGAUGAUAGUGUUGAAUGGUUUUUUUCGUGGAUCUACCACUUUUGCUGAUGAUCAUGUAGUUCCAACAGUUCAUGUCAACUAUAGUACCGCGGUCAAAAUUGUGGAUUACUUCCUAAACUCAACCUCAAUGGCAACCGCAACAAUUGCAUUUAAUGGUACAAAGUUUGGAGCUCGGCCAUGUCCCACCGUUAGUUACUUCUCUUCAAGAGGCCCACAUGCUUAUAAUGGUGGUAUAAUAAAGCCGGAUAUCCUUGGACCUGGGGUGAAUAUCCUUUCCUCUUUUCCAUCUGCACCUGGACCAUUUCCCAAUCUUCCUUCAGGCUCAUUUUUCAAAUCUAUGAGUGGUACAUCAACGGCUGCACCUCAUCUUGCGGGAAUUGCUGCACUACUCAAGAAUACUCAUAAGAACUGGUCAACAUCAGCAAUUAGGUCUACAAUCAUGACAACUGCUAACAGAAUUGAUCUUGAUGGAAACCCAAUUUUUGAUGACGCUUAUCAGGAUUAUGCAAAAUUGGCUGACAUAGGUUCAGGGCAAGUGAAUCCCCUUAUAGCCAAUGACCCUGGACUAAUUUAUGAUAUAAGCACAGACCACUAUCUUCAAUACCUAUGUGGUCUAGGAUAUAAUGACACACAACUUUCGAUUGUCGCAGGCAAUUCACUACAAUGUUCUGUUGUUGGCAGCAUUGCUCCUGAGAAUCUUAACUAUCCUUCGAUAUCAAUAUCUCUAAAUUCCUCAACAAUGAAGUCCAUCCAUCGCACACUAACAAAUGUCGGGGAUGCUAAUGAGCUUUACAACAUAGAUGUUGAAGAACCAAAUGGAAUUAGAGUGGUUGUCUCUCCAGCUUCGAUUCAAUUUUCAAGUAUUGGUGAGGAGAAGAACAUCACCCUUGAAUUUAGUAGCAAGGGGAUGCCUUUAAUCAAAGACCAUGUCUGGGAUGGACAACUUAAACUAGACUCUGGCAAGCAUUUUGUAAGGAGCCCUAUAUCGGUUACUAUCAUUUGA